GUUUUUUUAAACAAAUGCGCUAAAGUGAUUUACAAAACGAGUGAAAUGGUAUCACUGAAUUUUUAUAUAAUGGGAAAAUAGUGCUUUUUACUGGAAGUUCUCGCAUUCCAAGCAACAUAUGUUAUUAGUAAAAAAAUUCUCCCAUUAUUUGUUCUCAUUUUUCUUUUUUAAUACCCUUAAUUGAAAGUGGAAAGAAAACGAGUAAAAUUGUGCUACUAUUAGAAAAGUGAUAAAUUUAUAAAAAUUUUCUUAAAGAAUUGUUACUAAAAAGCAAACAAAGAAAGAGUACGGAAAAGAGCAGCGCAAUAAUAAUGUUUACUGAAAUUGCUACAAAUCCUAAAUAUGAAAAAUUGUUAAUUUCAACGGGAAACAUAUUAAAUGUAUUGGAUAAUGCAAUACCGCUACGAAAAUCUCAUGAAGAAUUAUUGGACAGUUUAAAACUAUGUUCGGAAUGCGCCAGUGGCCGUGUUGAUGAUCAAAUCGAGUUUCGCGAAAGCGAUGGACAAGUGUUGCGUGCUAAUGCAGAAUUGAAACAAAAAAUUACGGAAAAUGCCCGAAAUGAAAUAAGUAUUGGAGUGAAAUUGUUUAUGAAUAAAAAUUCCAAAGAGUGUGUUAAGGAUGCGGCAAAUGCUCUGAUGUCCAUAUUAAAUGUCGAUUAUGUAGAUAAUGUGGUGUUGGCAUAUCAUCCAAACCAAUAUCAUACAAAAAUUUCGCCUGGUACACCAGAUGUCACAGCAGCGACUUUGCAACACCAAAGCGAACUUAAAUGGAGCCAAAGCGCUAAUGACAGUGAUAUCAAUGAUUUAAAAGAGUUGUGGUUUUGUUUGGAAGAUUUCGCUUUGCAAAAACAAAUCAACCAAUUAGGAAUAGCGGAUUUAGACACUGAGGCCUUACAGUUAUUAUGUCAAUCGGCACGUGUGCAACCAGUAAUAGCUCAAAUUAACUUAGCAGCCUGUUGCAUAGUGCCGCCAACUCUCAAAGAAUUUUGUACUCAACGCGACAUCCAAUUGUUAACGCAUAGUGAUCCCGAGGUCUUGUUAACCGAUGAAAAUUUUAUUUUACCCAAUUAUACGGUGGAUUGGUCAUUACGUUAUCAAGUUCACGUGCGUUGUCGCGGCGUACUUACCGCUAAAGGUUACCUUUUGGGCGCCAGAAAAUGCUUAGCCAGCGAUAAGGUAAAAGAGUGAAAAUGAAUCUAAAAUAAGAAUACAAAAACUAAAUAAUACUUUGCAUUUUAAAUGGGCUUGAAAUAGUACCGAGAUUUUAAGUCCUUGAAGGCCUUUCUUAUCUUUUUUUUUUUUUUUUUUUUUAAUAAAUACAGAGGAAGUUGGUUUAUUACAUGUGUUACAACAUUUACAGCUUUUUUUCUAUAUAUGCAAAAAGUACUUAUUUACUUCCUUUUAGAAAUAUUUUUAUAGAACUUUUUAGAAAACUUAUACGCGAUCUGCAUCCCCAAACAGAACAAAUUAUUCUUUAUGCCAUUUAAAAGUAAAAGUUCAAACUAAUUACUUGUUUAUGUUUGUGCUAUUUUUCUAAUACAUUCGUAACUUUACGGUUCAAAAUAUUAUAAAAUAACUUAAAACGUACAUAACAUUAUAAUUACAUAUAAUUCAAGAAGAUAAUUAUAAGAAUUCUGUUGUUAUAAAUUUGCCUUGGAUGAUAUAAAACUAAUCUUAUACGCUACUCCAGAAAGAAAAAAAAAAAAAAAAAAAACGAAUCAAAAAAA